CUUUCAAAAAGUACUUCCGGUGUAAACAAAGAUGGAGUCGAAUGUGAACAUGGUGAAUGAGAAACGACAGAAGCAUAAGAAAAAACACAAGAAGCACAAACACAGAAGACACUCAGGUGGUGACAACUCAACAGAAGAAAGAGACAGUUAUAAGAGAGACAGUAGACACAAAAAGGACACCUCGGAUUAUGAAAGGCAAGAUGAUGAAAAUGCAUUUUCAUAUCAUGCCAGUAAUUCCAGAGCUCAAGGCUGCAAGGAAGACCUAUACAGAGAGUCCAGUGACCACCCAGACUAUGACUUUAAUUUUCAUGAGUACAGAUCUUCACUGAACAAGAUAUUUUUUAGAGAGGACACAUUCUUGAAGAGAGGAACUAAAGAUUAUGAUGAUUUUUGGAACUUUUUAAAAAGAUAUCAAGAUUUCCAGAGGAAGAAAAUGGAAGCAGGAAAAGACGCCUCAAAACAUUUAGAGGAAUACGAUGAGGGGAAAUUAGGGUUGCCAUGUCACUAUGACAAGCGGUACAGAGUGAAUAUUGGCAUUGUGAGCAAAAAUGUGGAAGAAUUUCUGAGACGAGGGAAACUGCCAGAUUGUGAGGUUGAGAAAGAACUAACCAUCGAGAGAGUGAGGCAGUUCAAACAUAUCUUGUUAUACUAUCUAGAUUUUCUACAGAAGCAAAAGUUUAAUAAGCUAAAGAAGAUCCGAUCAGACCAGGAAAAUCUGCCAAUUUUUCAGUACAGGCAGAUGAUUCUGGACAAACUGGAACAAAAUCAGAUUGUGGUGGUAGCUGGAGACACUGGAUGUGGAAAAUCCACCCAGGUUCCUCAGUAUUUAUUAGCAGCUGGGUACACUGGGAUAGCUUGCACUCAGCCUAGGCGUAUUGCCUGUAUCUCAUUGUCCAAAAGAGUAGGAUAUGAGACACUGAACGAAUAUGGGUCGGAGGUUGCGUUCCAGGUUAGGUUUGAAAAAACUAAAACUAGAUUCACCAGGAUACUGUUUUUAACAGAAGGCCUGUUACUAAGACAGAUGACCUCAGAUGCUCUCUUAAACCAGUACAAUGUCAUCAUUAUUGACGAGGUCCAUGAGCGGCACAUCCACACAGACUUCCUCCUCGGUGUGAUGAAAUGUCUGCUGCAGCAUCGGAAAGACCUGAAGCUGGUGUUAAUGUCCGCCACCAUUAAUAUCAAUCUGUUCAGCAACUACUUUGAUGGAGCCCCAGUCGUCAAGGUCCCAGGAAGAUUGUAUCCGAUCCAACUAGAAUAUGUUCCAAACAGGAAAGAUGAAUUCCGGUCCAAAAAUGACAGACUAGACCCAUCUCCUUACCUUCGAAUAAUGCAAACUAUAGAUACAAAGUACCCACUUACAGAGAGGGGAGAUCUUCUGAUUUUCUUGAGUGGAAUGUCAGAGAUAAUGGCGGUUGUAGAGGCAGCCAAAGCGUAUGCCCAGCAAACCAAGAGGUGGAUCGUACUUCCAUUACAUGGAACCCUCUCUGUGGAUGAACAAGACAAGGUGUUUGAUUUUCCACCAGAGGGAGUAAGGAAAUGCAUCGUGUCUACAAACAUUGCAGAGACCUCUGUGACCAUUGAUGGCGUCCGCUUCAUUAUCGACUCAGGAAAGGUCAAGGAGAUGACCUUUGACCCCAAGUAUAAAAUGCAGAGGCUUCAAGAGUUUUGGAUCAGUCAGGCUAGUGCUGAACAGAGGAAAGGCAGGGCAGGUAGAACAGGCCCCGGGGUGUGUUACAGGCUGUACGAGGAGUCAGAUUUCCAUUCCUUCCAAGAGUAUGCCACCCCAGAGAUCCAGAGGGUGUCACUCGACUCCCUCAUCCUGCAAAUGUUAUCGAUGGGGCUCCCUGAUGUCCGCAAAUUUCCUUUUCUUGAGGAGCCUGAAAUAAGCAGUAUAGAAAAUGCCUUAUAUUUCCUAAAAGAACAGAAUGCAGUAACUGAAGAUGAGAAGUUGACACCGAUUGGUCAGAUGCUGUCACGCCUACCUGUUGAAGUCAUCACCGGAAAGAUGCUUAUCAUGGGCUCAAUAUUUCAUAUGAUAGACCCUGUGUUGUCUAUAGCAGCUGCACUGAGUGUACAGUCUCCAUUUACCAGCAAAGCUCAUUCAAACUACGAUGCAAUGAAUACUAGGAAACCUUUGGAAUCAGACCAUGGGGACCCAUUUACAUUGCUAAAUGCCUUUGAUGAAUGGAUACAGGUAAAAAGCAAAGGUCAGGACACAAAGAAAUGGUGUAGAAGACGAGGUUUAGAGGAGCAGAGAUUCUAUGAAAUGAUUAAGUUAAAGGAACAGUUUAAGACCCUUUUGAUGGAUCAUAACUUGCUGCUAAAAGAGGAUCCCAGAGAAAGUUUCACAACGAGUGAUGAAAGACGACGUAAGCAUGGUGAUAGGAAACGACUCGGGGAACUGAAGAAAGAGAAAAACCGAGAAUCCAAAAGAAGGAAGGUCUUAAAAUUAGAAGAUGAUGACUUUGUCAUCAGUGAUGAUGAGAAGGAAGAAGAUCAAGGGGACGAUAUCAAGGAUCUGGAAUUCCGCCUCUCUCAUAAUCUUUCAAAACUACAGGAAAGUUCCAUUAAGAACAGAAGUUUUACACUGGGAGAGAUUAACUUGCUGAAAAUUAUUUUGUGUAGUGGACUGUAUCCACAGGUGGCCUUGGCUGAUGAGAAUAACUCGGGCAGAUCAGACGCGGAGCAGGCUUUUCACACAAAGACAAAACCUUUCCUACUGCUUCACCCUACAUGUGUGUUUGCCCUCCGCCCUGAACUGCUGAGGUCCACAGAAAUGAAAGAGGACGAGACCUGUCCCUCCGACCUGCGUGGGAAACUCAGCAACAAUCACCAGCUGUUGGCUUAUGUGUCUCUCCUGGAAACCAACAAGCCCUACCUCAUCAACACAAUGAGAGUUCCCGCUCUACAGACUGUCACUAUGUUCUCCAACAGCAUUGACACAGAUGCCGCCUGCAUGAGACUUGUGUGUGAUGGAUGGCUGGAGAUCCGAUUUGUGGAUGAGGAGACAGCAUCCAGCACUUUAUCCAGUUUAAUCCAGCUCAGGGCAACAUGGCAGAACUUACUGAAACUGAGACUUAAAGACACUCUAAAGAGUCUGGACGAGGACAAAAGGGUCAAUCCCAGAGCUCGACAGCUGGAGAAAAUUCUGGCUAAAAAGCUCUCUGAAUACUUAUCCUGUGAAGUUUGCUACGCAAUACGUCGUGUAAUGGCCGCUGAGCAGAAUCGUCUCUAUAGAGGACCAGACAGGGAAGCUGGAGGAAAGAAUAGAAUCCUGAAUGAUGUACUGAAGUCCGGCUCCGAGGGAAAGGUUCACCCAGUGAAAGGCGGAAUUCAGAUUAACCACUAUCUCACCUAUAAUUGUUUACUUGACGAGUCUGAAGCCAGCAUCUGGGGGGAGUACACUAGCAGCAUGCAGAAACACUGGGUCUGUCCGCGGUGUGAGGCCAAUCUCAUCGUGUCCAUCCAAGAGAGACUCGAGCACGAGAGCGAGUGUCAGAGCAAAAAUUUCGAGCCAACUCAGCAGGAGGAGGCUCAGGAGAUGGAAGAGGUCAAACAGGCUCAGAUGAACCCGCUCAGGAAACAUUACUUCUGUGAUAAAUGUGACCAAGGCUUCCGAUUCACAACAACGGAAAUAUUAAAACACAAGAAAUCUCAUGUAACUUGACAUGUUUAAAUAAAUAUUUUUUUUUAAAAGAACUUACUACUCAGGCUCUUUAAUCAAUAUUAUUAAGAGAAGUAAUAAUUUUA